AUGGCGUCACUUUCCCCCGACUUGCCGAAAGUAGAGCUGGACCAGCAUGCAGUGCCACAGCACAAUGUCACACAAGCGCAGAUCACAUUACUUCUGACAUACUUCACAUGUGUAUUUUUUUGGCUGGUGAAUUCCCUCACAAAUAUUUUCGAACUGGAUCUUUUCGGUCGUUGGAGGAAAUCAGAUCCUGACAUUCUGAGCAACUGUAAUGAUACAUCUGAACCAGAUAACCAUUCCUGUGAGAAAAACAUCCUUUCAGAUCAUUCCCGUUCCUCGGAUGAAGCUAUAAGUAUUCAUUCUAUUAAUCCAAACGAAGAAAUCAAACAAAGACACGAACAACAUGUUAAAAUUGAGGACAACGAAGUCAUCAAAAGACCGCGAACAGUGUCUGGUUCAGGGAAGAGUUUGUCAGAACGUCCAGCAACACCUCCUGCUGUCACACUCAACAAAUUCAUGUCAUCUGUCGUUACCUUCGGAGCUAUAUUGUUCUAUUUCUUUCUGUGCGAUUACAUAAAGAUAUUUCCACAAGGAGCGAGAUCUUAUUCCCGGGAUACAUUUUUGUUUCUCGUGUUCCUGUUUUUCCUAGUUGGCUGUGCCUUCACGUUAAAAAGUAAUCCGGAUAAAAUAUUAAACAGGGAUCAGACGGAGGAAUGGAAAGGAUGGAUGCAGGUCAUGUUUGUAUGGUACCAUUAUUUCAUGGCCAAGGAAUGGUACAACUGGAUCCGAAUUUAUAUCGCUUGCUACGUAUGGAUGACAGGAUUCGGCAAUUUUUCCUUCUUUUGGGUGAGGAAUGAUUAUUCUCUAUGGCGAUUACUGAAAAUGAUGUUUCGACUCAAUUUCCUAGUAACCUUCGUAGCCCUGGCAACCAACAACGAGUAUAUGCUGUACUAUAUCUGCGCCAUGCACACCUACUGGUUCCUCACCACCUACAUCUUCAUGCGGACUCUAAACUCCUGGAAUCGCAACUCGGCCCUAAUGGCCGUCAAAUUCGUGGCCUACGCCGUGUGCAACGCAAUCAUCUUUGAUAUCCCGGGCGUCACUUACUACGUUUUCAGACCAUUCUCCUUUGUACUUGGUCUCCAUGACAAAUCGAAUGAUAUCCUCCAUGAGUGGUCGUUUCGGGCAGGACUGGACCAUUGGGCUUGCUUUUUUGGCAUGCUGUGUGCUUACAACUACCCACAUUUUGAAGCUUUUAUGCAGUAUGUGGAUUCAAAAUCAAUUAGCAACAAAGAUAAAGCCCUAAAGAUGACUCUGAGAGCAUUAUUGAUUAGUGGAUGUACCCUACUUGGUAUUCUGUGGUACUCCUUAUUCAUGGGGAAAGAUAAGAUCAGCUAUAACCAGACGCACCCGUACACGUCCGUGAUUCCUAUAACCAUUUUCAUUGUGCUGAGAAACGUGCACCCAGUGUUGAGAUCCUACCACGUCAACAUGUUUGCUUGGUUAGGCAAGAUCACACUGGAGACCUACCUGUCACAGUUGCACAUCUACUUGCUGUCCAACGCCCGGGCCUUACUGGUGUUUCUACCUGGUUAUCCGUUACUGAACUUUUCCUUGGCCACAAUAACAUACUUGCUUAUAUCUCACACAUUGUUUUCUAUAACUAACGACUUUAGCAACUUUCUUAUACCCAAUGAUAACAAGAAAUUAUUGAUUCACUUAUUUUACAUAGUUAUUAUUUUCUCUGUAUCGGCGCUGUUUGCUUAUGGAAUUACCUCUGGGUAUACAUAA